GGUUAUUUGAGGAUACUUGUGGAUUAUACAUAGAAUAGUUUAUAUCAGUUCUCUGCUCAAGGAAUUUCACGAAACCCAUAUAAAGUUUGAAAUCUGCUGGUCAUUUGUGUUACCAACGCAAAAUUAGCAGUCGAAUCCACUAACUAGAUCCAACUUAAUAAAGAAGUAUGUGGGUAUGUAUUCAUGUUUUUUAUGUACUUACCAGUGAUAAUACUGGAUUACCCAAAUGAAAGUAAACGUAGUUGUGUUCUUACUUGAAAAUCAGUGGUUGAAAAUUGAGUCCUGAAGUCAUUUCCUUUAGUCAAAAUACAGACUAAAUAAAAACAUUCUGGGAGUUAGAAGCUGUUGUACAGUUAUUAAUAUGCAUCAAAAUCCUUUAUGAUAGGUAUACCUAUUUACGUUUUUGGUCCAUAUUUUGCCUCUACAUUCUGUAGCCAUAUGCAUUAGUUAAAUAACUAUUUGCUUCUUCUAAUAUUACUUUUGCAGUAUUAUUGCUCUUAAUUCUUCAGCUCAUUUACGGCGGUAUAUUACAUUUCUUUUUGGAAUGUAUUACGCGGUGUUUCACGCCUACGAUUAGCUUGUUCGGAAGCAGCUCAAAUCUCAUGAUAUAAGGAAGCUAUAUAGUGAUAAAUGGUAGAUUCGUGUGCUUGCACUGUUUCUCAGGGUGUUUUAAACAACAGUUGUGAAUUUCGUGGAAAGUCUCUCACUCCGAAUUUUCAAGCUGUAUUUCAACCAUCUGAUCACGUGCAAGAACAGAUAUUAUGUGGAGUAACCAGCCGUUGCAACGUACAGACUCACAUAGAAGGCAUUUCAAGAAAUUACGUUCCUACUUGUUUACAUUCAAAUUUUGUCCAUGGGACUGAUUCCACACUUUUCGUGCACUCAUGUCCUAAUAUGGCUGAUUAUCAUGCAUUAGAGAAUGUUAAUAAUGGUCAUUCAGAUCGACUAUUUAGUAGCCAGUUCCUGACUACUUGCCCGUCUGCUAUUCCUGAAGUACAGUCAGAUGCGUCUCAAGACGAGGGGGUUUCUCGUCCAUGUUGUUGCUUUUGCACCUUAUGUGUCCCGGCUAUACCAAAAACACACUGCAUUGAUAUUUGUUGUUUCAAAUCAAGUUGUUUGAUUCCAACUGUUUCAUUAUGCUCACCUGGUGCGUAUCUCUGUUUACUUUUCACCGGACCUUGCAAAUGUCGCCUGUUCUCUUUCCCGCGUCACCGAGUAACUAAUGAAAAUCUCAUAAUUCUAAGCAUAAUUCAGUUGCUAUGUGGUUUUGCAGCUAUCGUCCUUUCGAGUGUUGCUUUCACCAAAGCGGUCUUUUUAUAUAAGAUGGCUACAGGAUUAUGGGCUGGCAUACUAAUGGUGGUCACUGGAUUUCAUGGUCUUCUUGCUGCUCGUCGCCCCACUAUAUGUGCCUUGGUAGGGUUGUUAGUGCUGUGUAUGAUCAUAAGUUUGUCUGCGUGUGUUCUCAUUUGUGUUUCUGUGGCUGGGAUAAUAGAAGAUGGUUUUCUUAGCGGUACCAUUACACGGAAAGGGUUUUCACGUGAGCUCUUAAGAAUUCCAUCAAGUUACCGCGAAAACAAAACUUCCUUUCAGAGACAGGACCCGAAAUCUUCCAUGGCAGCACUCACAAUCAGAACUACAGAUUGGUCUGAAGUGGAUCAAGUAAAGCUUUCGAACUUUAAAAAUGUCCUGCGUGAAACAUCUGAUACCAACUUGCGCACAUGCCAAGUCAUUUUGCAUCUACUUUUGUUGAUAGUCGGUAUCCUGGAGGCAUCAGUCAGUCUUGCGACAUCCAUUCUCUGUUGUCGGUGCGUUUGUUCAAAUUCUGUCAAUUUACAGUCUCAAAAUUCACGUUCAUUACGUACUAACAUAGUAUCUUUCAAUACUGCUACAGCUAAUCAAGCAGCUUCUGUGCUCCGAUCAGGUGCAAUAAAUGAUUUUGUUGGUACUGGCGAUGUGCUAUUAGCCCUCAAUUCAGAUAUACCUACGCGAAGUUAUCCCAUCAGUAGUACCACUGAAGCACUUCGUAAACCACAGAUCCAUCAUACAUUAAUUCCUUUUUUAUCUGAGUUGAGUCGUCACUCAUUAAUCCUUACACAAGCAGGUACUGGUACAGUAGCUUUAUCUGCAGCUCGUGCAGCUGCCAACCUUUUAGAUUCGGGGAGCCUAGAAACUGAAGAUCGGACCUCAGUUUCUUGUUCUAGCAAUGAUCAACCCUCUGUCCAACGACCGCUAACUUUAAGUAGAUCUAUAUUCCAUCGUCUUAAAGAAUUUCGUGUUACUCGUCCAAAUGAAUCUCGUCCGCGUCUUCUGUAUACAACUCUCCAAGUACCUAUAAAUGUUUCGAAUACCCCCGAUUCUUCAUCAAAUUCACUUCCACUUUCAUCUACUACUACAAUUGUUUAUGUGAUGCCUUCACCCACACAUGAAGAACCACCUAUGAUAUUUCCUCCCUUCCCUCCUAGCUACAAUGAGUCGCAAAGGAGAUCUGGUGUGGGUACACCUGUCACCCGCAUUCAGCGAAACCACUGUAUGACAUUUCAGUCGAAUCCAUCUCGUCGCUAUAGAAGGCGUUCAGCUAGAAUAUCUCGUCCACGUUUCCACUCAUCUAUACGUUCACGUUUGUCACGACUUUUACAUCGGAACACAUCACAUCAGUCCAAUAUUCUUAGGACUACCAGCACAUCUCGACAUUCUAGAAUGCGGUACCACCUUUCUAGAUCUGUUGCUUCUGCUCCGAUUUCUGUUGGCGAUCGAUUAAUUCAACCUGUCUUAAUAGUCGGGGACCCACAUACAGUCAGAAUUACGGGAGAUCCACCUCCCAAGUAUUCCGUAUAGACUCUAAGUUGUCAAAUAUUUAUCAAUUGAGAGUUGUCAUUCUUGUGCAAAUCUACUGCAUUCCUAUUUCACCUACCACACCUUUGAGUCAGCAUUUCCUGAUUUGUAAAAGCUUGUGAUUAUAUGCAUAAGUAUUUGCCAUUACUAGUCUAUUUUCUUUUGCCUUUUGUUAUUCAAAUGUUUAUUACUACCUUCAGUUCAAAUAAGAAAAUGUUUUUAUUUGAACAAGAUUAUUACUUGUCAGUAUUUUAGUUAUUUUUUAAAUAAUUUAAUUGGUUCACAUCUUAGUUGUGUAUUUAUAAAGUCGGUAUCACCUCUAAUUUACAUUGUUGAUAUAAUAUCUUCACUGAUGCUUUUUUAUUUUGUCUUAUAAACAAAAACUAUGUAAUAGUUGGUGGUAACGUAAACUGGUGAUUAUCUGUUAUAUUUAUUUUGUGCGCUCAAGUAAGAAAAU